GCCUUCCUGUCCAUUCAUUUCUCACCUCCUCUUCUUUUCCCCAUGGAUCUCAAAUCAGGGAGGACAUGGCCUGCACCUUCUCCAUGCUCCUGGCUUCGACGGGGAGCGGGGCUGCCAACCACUGCAUGGCGGCGGCCUUGGGACGGCGUGGCGGAGCGGAUGCUGGAGACGGGGGCAUCCAGCGAUGCUGCAACCGGCCGAGCAUGGCGCUGCCCACCAUGGGCACGGUGACCACGCCGACGGGUGCUGCAAACCACGGUGGCAACUGUGGUGGAGGAUGUUGGAACCGGCAUGGGGAUUUGCUUCAACCAGCGCCGGGAUUUGCUUCAACGGUGAGGAUGGUGGUGGACGGCGACAACGGUGGCCGUCGUGGAGGGGACAAUGUCGGGCGACCAUGGCCGCGGGUGCCGUGAUUUUUGCUGCACAGAUUUUUUGCUGGAACCAGCAUUUUGACUUGUUGCAAUCGGCAAGGAUGGUGCUGGGGCGGCUACGACGACAACGCCGUGAUUUUUUUGCUGCAUUGAUCUUUUUUCUUCUUUCUGAGGAACCAUUUUUCAUUUUUGCUGGAACUAUAUCAAUUUUUUGUUGGAACCAUGUGUGUUUUUUGCUGGAACCAUAUCAAUGUAUUUCGCUGGAAUCAUAGUAUUUUUGCUGCAACGACAUUAUUGUUUGCUGGAACCAUAUUAAUUAUUUGCUGGAA